AUGCAAAACUACCAUGCAAGCAAUCAAUACAACCAUGCCAUGUUCUAUUCUACACAGAGAUUGAAGUUAUGCAAUGCAUCAAACAAGCAAUCAAUCAAUCUUCCACAAAGAGGUAAGAACCCACACAUACCUCAUACUCUGACUUUCCUAAUCGGUUGGGGUUUCACAACUAACCAGAGUGUCCACCACGCCUUCCCAAAGGCCUCCAUGCACGGGUUGAAGAUGAGGACGAUGAUGAUGGCGAUGGGCAGUCAGGGCAGGCGCUCGCAUAGUGCCCUUGCACUCCACAUCUAUAACACGUGGGUGGUUCCCUCCGCAUUGUUCUUCUCGACCUCUCAUUUGGGCACACAUGAGUGA